AAGAAGCCAUCUCUCUGUCGAGAAAAACAGAGUAAUAGACUUCUCCUUUCAUGCACCACAAUUCCCCUUCUUCAUUUCCUCUAACAAUUCAAUGAAUUCUUCAUUCUUUCACUCCCAAAACUCCGAUCUCUCACCCGAGUCUUCCUUUAGCUCCUUUGAAUCCCUCCGAUGGGAAGGUUUUCAAAUCAACGAUCACUCUCUCCCCUUCAACCAGAAUGACUCCGACGAAAUGCUUCUUCACAGCUUAAUCUCCGAGGCUUAUGUGGACCCACAGGAGAAUUCCCCUCGGCAGGAUCCCAUCAAAGACGAGGAGGUCGAUUCCCUCGGAGAAGAAGACCCCCACAAGAGAAAGUCCUACAGAGGGGUCCGCCGGCGACCGUGGGGAAAAUACGCGGCGGAGAUACGAGACUCAACCAGAAAUGGGGUCAGGGUUUGGCUCGGGACAUUCGACAGUGCCGAGGCGGCCGCUUUGGCCUACGAUCAAGCAGCUUUUUCGAUGAGAGGUUCCGCCGCCGUUCUUAAUUUUCCGGUGGAAAGAGUUCAGGAAUCGCUGAAGGAGAUGGAGAUGAUCAACUCCGCGGGUGAGGGCGGCGACGGUGGAUCUCCGGUGGUGGCUUUGAAGAGAAAACAUUCGAUGAGGAAGAAAUUCACGAGAAGAAAGAGCAAAGAGAUAGAUAGGAUUGGGAAGACUGAGAAUAAUGUGGUUGUUUUGGAAGAUCUUGGCUCUGAUUAUUUGGAAGAACUUUUAGAGUCAUCCGAGAAUCUCCGACCGUGGUAGAAUCUCUCACGGUCCCCAAAAAUUCUGCCAUUUUUGUGUUAAAAGGACGAACACAUUAUUUUAGAAGCUACAACAAUAGUUUGAUAAAUUUCGAGGGAAAGAGACAAUUAGUUCAAAAGAAACAACUACAUUGUGAAGGGCCAUAAUCAAGAUGUCAUUAUUUGGCCUUGUUUAUAACUUUAUAGCUUUGGAACAUAGAUAUAUAACCCUAGAUUGUUGCCAUUAUGGCUUUCAAGAUUUUGCAUCAAUUUUUCCUUGCCUUUUUUAAGCAAGAGAAAGAUAUCAAGAAUCUUGGGGUUUUUUUUUUCUUUUCUUUUCUUUUCUUCUUCUUCUUCUUCUUCUUCUUCUUCUUUUUUUUUUUUUUUGUGUUAUUAAUGUAUAAAUUAUAGUUUGCUUCAUCAAAGUAUAUAAUAUCUUUGUUCUUUUCUAUAAAUUUUUUA